UAUAUGCACGCACACAAAUAUUUGUAUGUGCAUGUAUAUGCAUACAUGUAUGCAUCCAGAUUAUGUAUAAUCAUUUUGUAUAUAUGUAUAAUUAUGCUCACCUACACACAGACGGGAGAGAGGAAAUAUAAAUAAAUAAACCGAGUCUGUUCCCAAGGUGUUUUAUAUCAGUACUGGUUUCCUGCUUUAGCUCUGGUGGUGAUUUUACAAGAAUAAUGUUUACAGUUAAAUGUUCUUUCAUUUUAAAAACACCCAAGAUACCAAAAUGAUUUAAAAACAGGACAGAAAAAGAAACUGUGCAAAUGGUUUGUCUUUGUCGCCGCAUUUCCUCCAGCAGUCUGAUAUCGUCUGUGUUCAUUUUAGAAAGUAAUAAAGUUUUAUCACUUUAAAUGUGAUCGUUUUCUUGUUUCCACGCAGGUCACGCCGACCCUGCUCGGCCGCUUCGGCCGCCGCGUCCUGAGACAGGAAGUGCUGUCGCCUGGCUCCUCGCUGCGGGUGCUGGCUCUGGGCGGAGAGGCCUGCCCCUCUCCGGCUCUGCUGAGCAGCUGGAGGCACGAGGACAACCGCACCCACAUCUACAACGUGUACGGCAUCACCGAGGUGUCCUGCUGGGCCUGCUCCUACAAAAUACCAGAGUCUCUGCUGCGGGCCGGCCACAUGUGAGUGCUCCCUGUUUGAAACGAUUCAUUGAAUCUACGCGUUAACUUUUACAUAACAUGAAGUGCCUUUCAAGCUCGCCGUCCUCUGUUCCUCUCGGGACUCCUCUGAUGGACACAACGGUGGAAGUGAGGGACGAACACGGCCGCGUUGUUACCGAGGGUGAAGGGCAGGUGUUCAUCGGCGGAGAGGACAGAGUGUGUCUCCUGGACGACGAGGAGGCGGCCGCCCCCGGGACGAUGAGAGCCAGCGGAGACUGGGUGGACGUGAAGGACGAGCAGAUGUUCUACCUGGGACGGAGAGACAGGCUGGUGAAACGCCACGGGAAACGGGUGAACCUGGAGAGCGUGCAGCAACUCAUAUGCAGCCUGCCUCAGGUGGAGGCCUGUGCCGUGGGUCUGCACGGAGGCUUUCGUCUGCUGGCCUUUGUUGUGGCGUCCACAUCUGGAGACCACAGAGCAGCUUCUCCUCUCACGCCUGCGCAGGAGCGAGCGGAUCCAGUCCACGCGGAGCACCGCCGGGCGGGGGAGACGGAUGGAGAUCUGAGCCGACUCGUCCUGAACCGGCUGUCCCUGCUGCUGCCGUCUCACAGCGUCCCCGACACGCUGGUGCUGGUCCCGGCCUUGUGCCUGACUCCUCAUGGUGAGCGUCACUGUGAUCGCAGACUUACAUGAACAAUAACUUAAAUCUCCAGCCCAUCGCUCUCAUGUUACAUUAAUUCAUUCAUCCAUCUUCUCUCUCCCUCUUUCUCC